AACCGGCGGCGACCAAUCGGCGCGGCGCUGCUGGAGAGAGCUGGCUCAUUUACAGCAAGAUAGGGGGGAAAAUACGGAAUAAAAGGGAACCGAGCCAGUGAGCCUGUAAUGAGCACAAAAUCCCAGGGAGGAAGCGAGACCCGCCGCAAUUGGAGCUUUCUUUGCUUUUCCUGCUACUCCCCCCGUCUUUCUGUCGCUGGAUUAUUCGUUUUGGCUCGGCGGCGGACCGAAUGGAUAAGGCCAUGGCCCUCGCAUAUUGAAUCGCUCAUUGGCAGCGGGAGAGGAGUCGAGACGCGCACCGCGGACACAUUUCAUGGAGCAUUGUGUGGGGAGGAAAAUGGUGGAUUGUUUACAGUGUCUCAUCAAAACCUUGCCCUGUGUGGAUAUCCUGUCAUAAAAGUGCUCGACGGCUCAUCUAGCGCCCGUCUCGGCCUCGUCUCUCUCCAGUAAUUAGUCGUGUACGAGCACCACUCGGUAGGUAGGUACCCCCUCCCCCAGCUCGAUCAGACACUGCUCAUUUUUCAUAUACAUGUAGGUAGGUGUCUUGUGUUGGAGACUUGUGCCAAGCGAUCGCGCUCCUCGUUUUGGGAAAAAAAAAAGAGAAAAAAAAGGGUGGAUUUCUGGAUUAUGGAUUUCAACAGCGCCGGCGGAGGCAACGAACUGCACAACAACCAGUUUUAUCAGUGCGAGGAAAGCAAGCCUUUAUUGGGGGACAUGUCGGAGGGGAAUAAUAACGCCAAAGUUGCCGCGGGGCCGUGCAAGAGAAGCCUGCAACAUUGCAGCAGCAGCGGAAUGCGCUACAAGCUGCUCCACGAAGGAGACAUCCAGGUGUGCGUGGUCAAACACCCUCGCACCUUCCUCAGCAAGAUCCUCACCUCCAAGUUCCUGCGCAGAUGGGAGCCGCAUCACCUCACGCUCGCGGACAGCAGCCUGACCUCCGCCACCCCCACUGGUUACAUGGAGACUUCAUUGUCCUACAGCUCCAUAGAGGACUUGCAGCUGCUGUCAUGGGACAAUGCACCAAAGUACUGUGUCCAGCUCAGCUUCCCUGGUGGCACAGUCCUGCUGCAGGCUGCUAACAGCUACUUAAGGGACCAGUGGUUUCAUUCCUUACAGUGGAAGAAAAAGAUCUACAAAUACCGUAAGGUGCUGAACAAUCCAAGCCGCUGGGAUGUCGUGCUGAAGGAAAUUAGAGCGCUCGUGGACAUGGCUCUGACCUCACCGCUGCAGGACGAGUCCAUCCAUCAGGCCCCUCUACAUAUCAUCUCUACUUUGCUGGCUGAGAACUCUAAUCUCAGCACACAGGAUCACGAGAACAUCAUUGUGGCAAUUGCACCUCUUCUAGAAAACAACCACCCGCCCCCAGAUCUUUGUGAGUUCUUCUGUAAGCAUUGUCGCGAGCGACCCCGUUCCAUGGUUGUUAUUGAAGUAUUCACUCCUGUGGUCCAGAGAAUCCUCAAACACAACAUGGAUUUUGGGAAGUGCCCUCGACUUCGCCUCUUCACUCAGGAGUACAUCCUGGCACUGAAUGAACUGAAUGCAGGAAUGGAAGUUGUCAAGAAGUUUGUUCACAGCAUGCACGGGCCAACAGGUCAGUGUCCUCACCCACGUGUCCUGCCAAACCUGGUCGCAGUAUGCCUUGCAGCCAUUUACUCAUGUUACGAGGAAUUCAUUAACAGUCGAGACAACUCUCCAAGUCUGAAGGAGAUCAGAAAUGGCUGUCAGCAGCAGAAUGACCGCAAGCCUCCGAUGCCUCUUCGCCUGCUGCGCCCGGAGCCUCCAACGCCACCUUCAACCACCCUGCUCCCCCUCUCCUCCAACCCCAGUCCUCCUCAGCCACCUCCUCCUGCUCCCCCAAACCCUCCACCACCAAUUCCCAUAUGUUCCCCAACACCUAGCCUGCCUCUCUCGCCUCCUCCGUCUGUCGUCAACUCCAGCGAGAUCCUGGUGGAGUUAGAGCGCAACAACAACUCGGCCAACACAAAGCGGAAGUCCGAACACGACAGUGAACCCAACCUCAUCGACUGUCUACUGGUCAGCCCAGCUGUCAACACUCUGUCCAUCCAGCUGCCUGCGCAGGCGGACCGUGUGCUUGGAUGUUUUGCUCUCAUCCUCAAGAUGCUGUCGGAUUAUGACGACUGGAGACCUGCGUUGGCCAGUCUGUUGCAGCCCAUCCCUUUUCCAAAAGAGGCCCUUGCACAUGCCAAAUUCACAAAGGAACUGAAAUAUGUUAUUCAGAGGUUUGCCGAGGAUCCGAGGCAGGAGGUCCAUUCCUGUCUACUCAGCGUGCGUUCAGGAAAAGAUGGCUGGUUUCAGCUCUAUAGUCCUGGAGGGGUGGCCUGUGAUGAUGAUGGAGAACUUUUUGCUAGUAUGGUUCAUAUCCUAAUGGGCUCCUGUUACAAGACUAAGAAGUUCCUCUUCUCUUUGGCUGAGAACAAGCUCGGUCCCUGCAUGCUAUUGGCCUUGCGUGGGAACCAGACGAUGGUGGAGAUUUUGUGUCUGAUGUUGGAGUACAACAUCAUCGAGAACAAGGACACCCAGCUGCAAAUCAUCUCUACCCUGGAGAGCACCCAGGUGGGCCUCCGCAUGUACGAACAGCUCUGUGACCGACAGCGGGAACUCAAAGAACUGCAAAGAAAAGGAGGCCCCACCCGCCUGACUCUUCCCUCCAAAUCCACGGAUGCAGACUUGGCUCGCCUGUUGAGUUCAGGGUCUUUUGGGAACUUGGAGAAUCUCAGCCUGGCCUUCACCAACGUCACCAGUGCCUGUGCCGAGCAGCUCAUUAAGCUGCCUUCGCUCAAACAACUUAACUUGUGGUCCACUCAGUUUGGGGAUGCGGGACUGCGGUUGUUGUCGGAGCACCUGGCCUGCCUUCAGGUGUUGAAUCUGUGUGAGACGCCUGUCACUGAUGCUGGAUUAUUGGCUCUCAGCUCCAUGAAGAGUUUGUGUAGUCUGAACAUGAACAGCACCAAGCUUACAGCAGACACAUAUGAGGACCUCAAGGCCAAACUGCCCAACCUGAAAGACGUGGAUGUUCGGUACACAGAGGCUUGGUGAUCGACUGUGCUCACGCACCUUGUGUGGGAAAGCAGACUCUCACAAAAAAGCAUAGCCACUCUGAAAACUUUUUUUUUUUGGUCACAUCAUCUGAUAUUUUCAUCAUUAGACCACGAUGUCAGACAGCAAUCAUCAGGAUCAUCUUACUUUAAUGUGUGUGUGAGUGGACGAUACAACGACGCCAUAACCAGGAAGGAAGGUUCCAAUUUUCUCCGACAAUGAAAGCUUUGUGGACUUUGUUGCUCCCCUCGCUACUACUAGUGGACCCUUUCUUUUUUUUUUUAAUGUGAUCAGAGGUUGUUCAAGGACCUGCGAUACUGUAACAAAACGGAUCUCUUUUUCUCUCUAUGUAUAUCCUUGUAAUAUGUUGUCACAUAUGUAAUCUGUUUCUGAACCGGUCCAACUCUGAUGUUCUGUGGCAGAGAGUGAUACCCACUCCCAACCUUCCGAAGGCUCUUUAUCAUUUUCGAAUCGCUCAUGUAGAUCUCACGUGAUGAAACGCUUACUGUACAUUCCAGCUCUUCUCUGCCCUAAUCCAGGAUGUAGCUAUUUAAGUGGACUUUUUCCUUUGAAUCACAUCAGUCCCCCUUGCAUUAUCCAGAUUGAUUCCCGAGGCCUCCUUUUCCAAGACUUUGGUUGGGAACGGUGCUGCCUUUGCGCGUUGUAAGACUGUGCCUGCUCCUCAUUUACAAACAUAUUCAAAGGCAAGGUUUUUACCAACUUAAAUAUACAGUACAUAUUUUUCCAGGCAUCUGCAAUUUCAUAUACUGUGUGUUUAUAUGAAGAUGAAUGUCAGGAAUUACAAUUGACAAACUUGGAGUAGGAAAAUUCAACCGUGAUAGCAAAAUAUGUCCCUUUUUCAGUUUGUCAGUGUACAUUCUGAUUAGCUCUCAUUUCUAUUUAAUAAUAGGACUUUUGUGUAGCAGUAGCUUGGCAGUCUGGGACUGCCUGUUGUUUAUAAGCCUCUUUUACUCUGUGGGAUUUGAUCCUGGCAGUUUAGAUGUACACAGACUUUGUUCUUUUUAGUUGUUUGAGAACUUGUUUUUGACACAUGAAGCCAAUAUCGAGCGCGCCCGUACAUGGAUCUCUCUGUACUAUGCCAUGCUGGUCACAUAGUUUAUGUACACGUGUAUACGAGAAACGUCACCAGCUAAGAGUUUGUAUAUUUUCAUAAGCUCAGUCUUUCGGACCCUGUUGUUGGACACGGAGAAAGGACACUUGCCAAACAAAUUUGUUUUUGUCUUGUUGUGUCAAGCCAACAUGAGCUUCUUUCACUACACUGGUGCAGCAGAUCUCAUGGUGAGCUACCCGUGCAAAGGCACAGUCUGACCUCCCCUGUCAAGGUCAUACUGAAAACUCGUUUCUGCUGUAUUGAAAUCAGUGGUGUUCGUAAGGUUAUUUGUAAGCAAGAUGUUGGGACACAAUUCAUGUAAAUAUAUUGAGGUGGGCUUUUAAGGACAAUGACUUGGGCGAGGGGAGGUGUGUGUGUGGGGGGGGGGGCAACCUUUGGCCAUAAUUGUCCCUCGACAUUCCCUCAAAGCGUUGCCUGUGUAUUGUGGUAACAUGACAUUAUGUGGUAAUUGCCCUGGCUCACUGCAAGUCACCCAAUUUUGUCCCAUGUAUGCGGCUUCACGUUGAGACAAAAUAAGUCAAGUCUACCUUUUUUCAGUCCCUUUGGCUCCAUCUAUUUUCUUUGUACGUGCCACCUGCAGGCUGUUGAAAAAAGCAAGUUUCAGCAGAAAAUAGAAUGCCGUCCUCUGCGACUUCCUUACUUUACUAUUUAUUUGGUGAAAUGCAGCUUUCUGUUUGGUCAGUAAAUUUUGGGCCAUCCGCAUCCUCACUAACUUUCAUAUCCUGUAUAAUGUACAUACAAUUGUAAAUAGUCUUUCUUUUCUUUCUUGGAUUGGAAUCAUUUUUAAACCCUUCUUGCGUUUCUUUUCUGUUUUAAUCUUGGCUCUCCUUCAUCAGUGGGCCGGUGUUGCCUUCAUUUAGCAAUCUCUGCGGUUGUUUUGUUGUUUCACACAAAAGUGCACUGUAAUCAAAAUUGUCAAAGCAUCAUUUUUUUUUUUUUUUAAGUUUCUGGCUUUACUGAUUUGAUGAUAAUUUUGUUGGUCAUGUUUUCAGGGUUGUUUUGCAUGUAUGUAUCUCGACGUCAUCUGAUAUUUUCAUUUGGGUUAUUUUAUAUAAGGUUUGAAAUCGUGAUAAAGGGUUUGAUCACUAUCUGAGGCUAUGUACUGAAUUAAAAUGAUCAAUUUUCCCCCCGUCAUCCUUUCAAGCCAUGACACAUUUUGUCAUGUACUGUAAUUGUUAUCAUUAUUUACAAAACCUAAUGCAGUCCCAUUAUUUUAUAUAUAUAUAUAUAUAUAUAUAUGUAUAUAUAUAUAUAUAUAUAAAAUAUUUCUCCCACAAAAUACUGCAACCUUUGUUACCUGACUAUUUCAGGAGCGCCACAUUAGCCAAUAUUGCAGUUCAACUGUUUUUUUUGUUUUUAUCUCUAGUUUGCUUUGGUUGCAAAAAAAUUAGAUAACCACUCUUGUGUUUGAAAACAUACUGCUGUGGCUACAUCUACUGGUUGCGUGAUGAAUUAAUAAACUACAGCCAAAAUCA